CUUUGGGUUGAGCAAAUCCGCGCCUUGUGUUCCAGACACGAAGUCAAGUCCCUUGGCAGGCCGCUGCCUUCAAUCCCAUCAGGGAGGACCCUUCCAUCUCUCAUCGGCGCCCAUGUCGCCUAUGUGGUUGUGUCCUGACUCGGUUGCUGGUGCUGGUGGUCAUGGCAAGCGGUGGACUCCCGAAUGGCGUCCCUGUCGUUCACAGACAUGGUGCGCACGACUCUGCGUUAGACGUUGAGCCCAAUGGCAUUACCGGAAUGCAACUCCGAGAGCUUGAAGAAGAAAACACUCUGUUGGUCCAGAAGGCUACGGCGGCAGCUCAGCGAUUCGCCGACUACGAGAAUGAGAUUCGCGUUUUGAAGGAGCAGUUGCGACAACAGCAUAAUCGUCAGGGCUCGGGGACGUCGAACCACUCGGACGAGCAUAAACCUGCGCAUCCACCGGAGCGACCACCUGGCCUCUCACGCCUGGGAAGCUUCAUGCGCAAGGCGUCAUUGGCACCAACUGACGGAGCGGUAUCAGCGCGAGAGCAUGAUCUGGAGGCUACUCUGGUGAAAGAGCAGACGGCACGCAUAGCAGCGGAAAAUAAAGUCAAGGCCGUGAAUGCAGAGGUCGAAGAGCUGAGUGCCAGUCUCUUUCAACAGGCGAAUGAUAUGGUGGCUCAGGAGCGUCGAGAAAAUGCUGCUCUGCGGGACAAGAUAAAGGAGUUGGAGACUGCCGGAGGCGAUGUGGCACAAGUCAUCAGAAAGGAGAAUGAGCGGCUGAAGCAGAAAUUGGAAGCUAUGGAGCAACGCGACGCGGAGAGAAAGAGGAGACUGGAAAAGCUGGAGGCUGCGCAGAAACGGAUUGACAGAGUGCGCACAAUGCUCACACCACGAUGAAGCAGCAUGGCGCAUUCGCACAUCAAGUCUGUUGCGAAUACCAGAACCAGACAGCUUGCACGCUGUACGAGCUGGCCGACACCUGGCGCAAGCACAUUUGUCAGGGCAAGAAAACGUGCUUAGAGCUGCACAGCGCAACAUGCACAGUCAGCCCAAUUUUGUCUACGCCGGCCAAAGUUAUUGCGCACAUCGUGCCUGCAGCUGGUCUUGAAAAGCAAUCCGGCCUGCCGACUUCAGGUCUGCAUAGUGCGAGCUAUAUGCGCGGCAUAGCACAGGCCUAGAAGGCCACCCGUGACACAGCCAGCGACAUCUCUGCGUCUCCGAGUUUUACACCAUGGCCCAUUUCCAGACGCAGACGCUGUACAGGCCGUAUGUGUGUUGAUUUUCCAGUCGUGUGGACACAGCUGGUAGCACCGUUGCCUGACACGCCGCGAUGCACGCUGCAUAUACAGCCAGAUUGGUGAGCGCAGAGAUGCGCAUCCACACGAGACAAACAUGGACUUUCGAUAGCGGGACAGAGCACCUAUUCGGCACUUUAGAAGCGAAUGUGAUCUGCGCACACACUCAAAGAAGCACUGUUUCGUCAGCGGUAUUGUGAUGGGAUGAUGUAUUGAUCCAAUUGGAAACAUGUCGCUACCGACAGUCUGGAAAGUAUGCACCUAGAGUGCCAAGACAAACUACCUCGAAAUAAAGUGUUUACGUCUCCUUUC